GUGAGGGCGUCUUCAUCAUUUAUUACUGUGGCUUACGUCAGUCUACCGCAACACGGGCACCUGUACUGUGGCAGCUACUGUGGCCAACUUCGCUUCUAAAGUUCGUUCACACUUCACACAUCAUCACAAAUUACUUGAACGAAUAGCAAUACAUCAACACAAAGACUUUGCACCAAUACGUUAGCUAGCAAUCUUCCAAUCCUCUCACCCAACAUGAAGUUCACCGUGUCAGCUCUCGUGGCUCUCUCCGUCGCCUCGGUGAAUGGUUUUGUCUCGCCCCAACAACCUGCGUCCUUCGAUCGUACUCUCUCGGUGGUCCGCGCUUCCAAGGACGUCCCAUCCAUGGCACAGACCCACUUUCAAGGUCCUCUCACAGUCAUGGGAUCAGGCAAACCCCUGACAAAGGAGGACCUGGAUCAAGUCAAAGAAGAGUUGGAACAGAUCAAGGAACAAUAUGGAUGGAAGGAACCAGAUCGAGCCUUUAUGGAUGACCCUGACAUCGAUUGGAGAUUUGGUGGUACACCCGACUAUUCGCUUGUCAAUCUCCAGUACUUGAAAGGACGAAGCAAGAUCCAUCCCGAGGGAUCCCUGGAGUUGGUGGUCGAGAAUCUGGUCAAGACGUGGGAAAUGGAACGAUCACACAAAGUUGACCCCGGCAGUCAUCAAUCUGUCGAUACCGAAAACUUUCGAAUCAGUGCCAAUGGCGGCAAAGUUUUUGACAAUGAAGAGGCCAACGCGGUGGGAAACUACAAUGUUCUGUUGAAUGCUUGUCCAGCUGACUUGUGGGAUUCUGAGAACAUCACUUGGGAAAACUCCCAUGACACCUUUCACAAUGCGUUUGCAGCGUUUCCAUGGGAAGUCCUGGACGUGUUCUCCGGUCCCCCCAAGGUUGCCUUUACUUGGCGCCAUUGGGGCCAAUUCACCGGCACCUACGAGGACAACGAAGGAAAAGGAGAGUUGGUGGAAAUGUUUGGUUUCGGAACCGCUGUGGUCAAUGACAAGCUACAGUUGCAAGAUGUUGAGAUUUACUACAAUGCUGAAGAUUUUAUCAAUGUUCUGAGGGGGGAGACUAAGGUUGAAAACACAAAUGCAAACUGGAAAUCCACGGGUGGAUGUCCCUUCCAAGCGGCCAGUGCUAUCUUGACCAAAUCUUUGCCCAUUUGAGUGCAGCGAGAGUAACGCUUUUCACACAGGCCUCAUGAAAACUUUGAUCUCGAGCGGAGAGUAGUCUUGUUGCCCCGCGAAACCGCAGCAUCUUCGUUUGGCUUCUAUCUGAUAGCUGGCGAUGAGCAUAGAGGCGACAACGCUGUUUUGUGCAGUUCUAGCCAUUCGAUAGCCCUACAACUGCAAUCUAGCUCGUACUUAGCUGUACCUGUACCUCAGGGUACUGUACGGGUACGUAGAGGACGCCCCAGUAGAGAGCAACCUAGGAAUCGCAGAUAGGCAAACUCCGCAGAAAGUCGCCACAACUGAUUGUGCACGUACUAAACAACGCCAACAGUGUCAUGACCUUGGCGGGAUGUGGGCAUUAUCGGCAGUUGCACUGCAACUGCAAGUUGGCAACGGGCACCUCGGCGGAAAAGCUCAUUCUUGGGUUGCCCAGAAGUCUUACCAAUGUGUGCUUGGCUAGCUAGCUAGCUAGCUAGCUAGUGAGCAUGCCUUGUGGGGAGUAUUUUAGCUGCUACUCCUUAUGGUGCCAGGAAGGCAAUGUGAGAAACCA